AUGUCAGAGCCCUCCCCACCCCAGCAAGACAUUGGGGGCAUUCUGCAGCAGAUAAUGACCAUCACCAACCAGCGCCUGGACAAGGCCCGGGCCAAGAAACAGGCCCUAAACUGCCACUGAAGGAAGCCUGCUCUCUUUAGCGUUCUGUGUGAAAUCAAAGAGAAAACCAGCCGCGGCCUCAGCAUUCGAAGCUCCUAAGAGGAGGAGCUGGUGGACCCACAGCUGAUGCGCUUGGACAAUGUGCUUCUGGCAGAGGGUGUGGCUGGGCCCGAGAAAAGGGGUUGGGGGUGCUCAGCAGCUGCAGCCGCUGCAGCCUCUGGGGGCAUCGUGUCCCCUGACAACUCCAUCGAGCAUUCGGACUACCGCAGCAAACUUACCGAGAUCUGUCACAUCUACCACUCAGAGUUGGAGACGUAUGAGCAGGCAUGUAAUGAGUUCACGACCCAUGUCAUGAACCUGCUGAGGGAGCAGAGCCGCACGCGGCCGGCCGUGGCACCCAGGGAGAUGGGGCGCAUGGUGAGCAUCUUCCACCGAAAGUUCAGCACCACCCGGAUGCAGCUCAAGCAGGGCACCUGCCACACUGUCAUGAUCCUGCAUUCCCGCUUCCUGGGUGCCAGACGAAAAUGCCCUAACUUCAGCAGACAAGCCACUGAGGUCCUGAAUGGGUAUUUCUGUUCCCACCUGAGUAACCCAUAUCCCAGUGAGGAGGCUGAGGAAGAGCUCGCCAAAAAGUGUGGCAUCACCGUCUCUCAGGUGGAAUCACUCUGACACUCGAUGAGGCCAGGGGGCUGCAGAUAUAACCCUGGGGGUGGCCGGAGGUACAGCCCUCGGAAAAUGAGGGCAAAUGGCGGCUGGCAGGAGGCUGUGACCCCAUCCUCAGUGACAUCCCCAACAGAGGGAUCAGGGAGUGUUCAAUCCGACACCUCCUACUGGUCUUGCCCUUCAGGAUCACAGGGUUGGAGCCCUCACAAGUGUGAUAGCCAAGAGGUCCUGGUGAGAGAAAGGAAAACAAAUAGAACUGCUAAAGAAGCCCACCUGGCUCCAGACCUGUCCCUCGGGCCUUUGGCCCAGGAUAAGAGAGACCCUUCAGACUCGGGGAACCAGCCACAAGGUGUCCUUGGACCUUGCAGCCCAGAGAACACCUGCACAUCUCCCUCCUUCCUGCAAACGAACACCGACAGAUCCCUCUACACAAACCUGCACAGCUGGAACGUGGGGGCCAAUGUCCUGUACCUGGAGUCCCCUGCUGGUAUGGGUUACUCUCACCCUCUCAGCCAAAAAUACCAGACUGAUGACCAGCUCGUGAAUGGUUAUGAUGCUCAAGGUAUAGGUUACCCAGCGGAGAAACUGGUGAAGGAGGCAGAAUUGGGGUCUAGUGGGGAAGCAGACAUUAAACAAGUCAUUACAAGUGGGAAGAAAGAGGAGAUCCUGUGGACCAAGGAGGGAGAUAUAGCUGCUGACAACUACCAAGCACUGCUGAGUUUCUUUGAAAAAUUCCCUACUUUUGCCAGACAUGACUUCUAUGUCUUCGGAGAAAGCUCCGGGGGAGUGUUCGUGCCCUCCUCAGUGAACAGAUUGUCAAGGAUCUGGUUUCUGUCAACUUCAAGCCCCCGGGCAUCCCUCAACAUCUGCUCCUACUCCGAGGGCAUCUGUACCUUCUUCAGCACCAUAGAGGACAACUGCUUUUGUGCAGUCCUGGCAGCUUAUGGCACUUAUGACAUGAUUCAGAGCAGUGGCCUCAACAUCUACAAGCUCUACUAG